AUGGAUAGUAGAAACAUCACUUUUUUCACCUUCAUCCUCCUUGGAUUCUCGGCCCAUCCCCAACUGGAGAUCGUCCUCUUUGCCGUGGUGUCGGUGGUCUACGGAGUGACCCUCCUGGGCAACGUCUCGCUACUGCUGUUGACCUGUUUAGACUCUCGCCUCCACACCCCGAUGUACUUUUUCCUCGGCAACCUGGCCUUCCUGAACGUCUGCUACACGUCUGCUGUGGUCCCCAAGAUGCUCAUCAACUUCCUGGCUGCGAGGAAGACCAUCUCGUAUCACCUGUGCGCCGCGCAGGUCUACAUCACACUUUUCUUGGGGGCGGCCGAGUGCCUCCUGCUCCUGGUGAUGGCGUUCGACCGGUACGUUGCCAUCUGCAACCCGCUGCAUUACGUGACCACCAUGAACAAGUCCACCUGCCUUUCCCUCGCUCUCGGAGCAUGGGUUGGCAGCUUCCUCAUGGCGGUGGUCCCGUCUUUGACAAUGAACCAAUCCUUGUGUGGUUCCACCAUUGACCACCUCUUCUGCGAAGCUCCCGUCCUGCUCCAGUUGGCGUGUCCCGGCGACGACACGUCCGUCAACAAGACCAUGAUGGUGGCCGGGGGCACGUUCACCCUGCUUGUGCCGUUUGUCUUGAUCUUGCUGUCCUACGUCCACAUCAUCGUGGCCGUAUUGAGGAUCUCUUCCGCCGAUGGGAAGCGGAAAGCAUUCUCCACUUGCUCGGCCCACAUCACCGUUGUAACUAUCUACUACGGGAGUGGGAUGUUCAUGUACAUGCGGCCCAAGGCCAGCUACUCGGCUGAGAAGGAUAAGCUGAUCUCUCUCUUCUACUCAGUGAUCAACCCUAUGCUGAACCCCAUCAUAUACAGCCUGCGGAACAACGAUGUGAACGAGGCCCUCAGGAAAGUGCUGGGGAGAACCAAAGCAGCUUAG